AUUAUUACUUAUUAGUACGCAAUCGGCUUUUGGCGAGGACGGUUGUAUUUGUGUUUCACUAUAAAUAUUUAAAAACAGAAAAGUUCGAAUAGUAUCAUACAAUACUUGAUAAAUAUAUACUACUUUUCGAUAACAAGGAUUGACGAGAAAUAUGUCAUUUUUAAAAUCUAUUUGUAUAUACAUAAGAAUAUUAAUUGACAAGACGAUAGAUUUCAUCUUUUCGUUGUAUUGGGAAGGCAAGAAGCAAGUUAUACCGGACCUGGAAAAGAGGCAUGCCUUCCUUGCUGAGAGUGCUACGAGCUUGGCGAGGAAGAUCAAAAACAAAGAGCUGAAGUCCGAGACGUUAGUUCAGGCCAUGAUCGAACGAAUGAAACAGGUUAACCCGCUGUUAAAUGCUAUCGUCGCGGAUAUGUAUGAAACAGCCCUAGAAGAAGCGAGAGAGAUUGACAGGCAAAUAGCUCAAGGGCUGUCAGAGGAGUUGGCCAAUAAACCCUUUUUAGGGGUGCCAUUUACAACAAAGGAAAGUCAAGGUUUGAAAGGAAUGCCAACGACGAUGGGUCUGUGGUGUCGUCGGAACGAAAGAGCCAGCGAGGACAGCGAGGCAGUUAUUCGAUUAAGGAAAGCCGGGGCUAUAGCUCUAGCUACCACAAACUUGCCAGAAUUAUUGAUAUGGCAAGAGACUCGCAAUCCGGUGUAUGGACAGACAAACAACCCUCACCAUACAGGGCGCAGUCCCGGGGGCUCUAGCGGGGCAGAGGCCGCGCUCAGCGCCACGUACGCCACUGCUAUCAGCUUGUGCUCUGAUAUUGGCGGCUCGACUCGUAUGCCAGCGUUUUUCUGUGGACUGUUUGGACAUCACCCUACCGCUGGUACGACUAACACCAAAGGUUCAUUUUAUCGCACGGGUGAGGAAGACAGUAUGUAUUGUUUGGGGUUCAUAUCCAAGCACGUAGAAGACUUGGGGCCUCUCACUAAAAUCGUGGCUGGCGAUAAAGCUGACCUACUUAAGCUGGAUAGAAACGUUGAUUGUAAGGACAUCAAAUUUUAUUAUAUAGAAUCGAGCAAUGAUUGUCACGUGAGUCCGAUCCAACCGGAAAUUAAAGACGCUAUGAAUAGGGUGAUAAAGAAGCUGCAAGAAGAUUUCGGUACCACAGCCGAGCCCUACCACCACACAGGGUUCGACAGCAUGUACUCGCUGUGGGCGCACAGCAUGUCCGCCGAGCCCGGGGACUUCACAACCAUGCUUGUUAACGGAAAGGAUCGUGUCAAUGGUUUUAAAGAAUUGGGAAAGAAGAUGCUAGGGCUGAGUAAGUACUGCCUGUUCACGAUAAUGAGAGUGUUGGAGAUGCAAGUGUUGCCAGCGCCUAACAAGGAGUGGGCUGAGAAAACGAUAAGCAGUAUGAAGGAAGACCUGUUUAGUAAGUUAGGUGGUAGUGGUGUCCUGCUUCUUCCAAGUUCACCGACGGCCGCCCCCUACCACUACUCGCCAGUACUGAGACCCUACAACUUUUCAUAUUGGGGGCAUGUUAAUACGCUCAAGUGCCCCGCGACACAGGUACCUCUCGGUAGGAACAGUGACGGUCUUCCUAUCGGUAUCCAAGUCCUGGCUGCUCCUUACAACGACGCUCUCUGCCUCAGCGUCGCCAAAUACUUAGAGAAAGAGUUCGGGGGAGCGAUCAUGGCGUGUGAUAUUAAGAAAUAACUUGUAUAUGUUUUAAUUGAAAUAAUAUUUUAUUUUGUA